CGAAGCUCGUAAACUGUUGUUGUUCCGCGUUCGCCUCUUGGACGACGAGUCGCAACUUUGACCGAAUUCCCUGCUUGACGAAAAUCGAGAAAUAACAUGAUGUUUAGAAUGAAUUUACUUGCAUUCUUUGUUUUGGCUGUGCAAAUAUACAGCGUGACGCCUGUCAUUCACACGCUCAAUUAUUUCGAUACGGCCUCUCAAGUUGCAAAGCUACCAGAGUACUGGGAGGCCGCGUAUGUUGACGGCGUUCAGAUUAUGCACUUUGACAGCAACCACAGGAAAGCAAAAGCCAAACAAGACUGGGUGGACAAAAUCACACAAGAUGAUCCGCACUUCUGGGACAGAAAUACGGUGAACAGUAUUCAGACUGAGCAGGUCUUCAAAGUCAACAUUGAAAUCGCUAAAAAGCGCUUCAACCAAACUGGAGGUGUUCACAUGUUUCAGAGGAUGGACGGCUGUGAAUGGAAUGAUGAGACUGGGGAGGUUGAUGGUUGGGAGCACUACAGUUACGAUGGAGAAGACUUCAUAUCAUUUGAGCUGAAGACGAUGAGCUGGAUCGCAGCACAUCCGCAAGCUUUCAUCACCAAACUCAAGUGGGACCAAUUGGACGGAUACAAUCAAGUCAAGAAGAAUUACUUGACUGAGGUGUGUCCUUUACGGUUGAAGAAGCACGUGAGCAACGGGAGGGAGUUCCUGACCAGAACCGAGCUUCCCACGGUGUCUCUCCUGCAGAAGACGCCUUCCUCUCCGGUCACCUGCCACGCCACGGGUUUCUACCCCAGGACGUCGGACCUCUUUUGGAGGAAGGACGGCCAGGAGAUCCACGAGGACGUGGAGAUGGGGGAGACCCUCCCCAACCACGACGGAACCUUCCAGACCACGGCCGACCUUAAAGUGGAGCCGACGCCCGCUGCGGAGGGCCGCUACGAAUGCGUGUUCAAACUGGAUGGCGUCCGGGAGGAGGUGGUCACCAAGCUGUACGCCAGAAGCAUCCUGAGCAACGUGCGCAUCCAGGAAGAGGAAGACAGGAAGAAGGCGGUGGCCAUCGCUGUCCCGCUAGUGGUCCUGGCUCUGGUGGCGAUGGCGGUGGCGGCGGGGGUGUUCCUGGCCAAGCGUCCGAAAAGCCAACAAGCCAAUUACGCUCCAGCUUCCAGCACCUAAUCUUCUGAGCAGGAUUGAAUGAACCCCAUUAAGGUUGAAGGGAUGUCUUCUUUUCUUGGGUGCCACGCUUGAUUGAAUCAUCGCAUUCCAACUGUGUGAAAUAUUUACAUUAUAUAUAUUUUAUUUGAUCCUAUUUAUAUUCGCUGGUGGGAGCGCAGCCGGACCCCCUGCAGUUUGCUUACCGCCCUGGUGUUGGGGUGGACGAUGCAGUGAUUUAUACACUGCCACAUCCAAAAGUUCUCCGAUGACACGGCCAUUGUUGGAUAUGUUUAGGAGGGGAACGAUCUGGAAUACAGGACGGUCAUCGAGGACUUUGUCAGCUGGUGUGAGCUCAACCAGCUUCAGCUGAACGCCAGCAAGACAAAGGAGAUGAUUGUGAGCUUCAGGAGGACAGCACCCCACUUCACUCCGGGGAACAUCCAGGGAUCGGCCAUUGAGGUCGUGGAGAACUACAAAUCCCUGGGUGUUGGCCUUAACAACAGACUGGACUGGACUGAUCACACCCACGCCCUGUACAAGAAGGGCCAGAGUCGCCUCCACCUGCUGAGGAGACUGAGGUCCUUGCAGGGCUCUCCUCAGGACCUUCUAUGACUCUGUGGUGGCCUCAGCCAAAUAUGCGCAAAUGAAAAAAUGCUUCAAAAAGGCGGGGCUUUUUGUCUUGAAACGGAUUAAUUUUUUUCCAUUAUUUGCAGCUUGGUUUUCGGGACGUGGAGAAGGUGUGAAUUGGAGGCUCUUGCUAGGGAUCCCGAUGAGGAGUGCGUUACAAUAGUCUAGCCUUAAGGAGACAAAGGCGUGGACAAGUUUCUCAGCAUCCGUCAGGGUAAGUGUGGGGCGGAGUUUGGAAAUAUUCCUGAGGUGGAAGAAGGAGGUUUUGCAGAUGUGUUUUAUGUGUGACUCUAGGUUGAGUUGAGGGUCCACUUUCACACCCAGGUUGUGGACAGUGGCUGAGAGGGGGAUAGUGUGACCGGCGAAUGAGAUGCUUGUUAUUGGGCAGGUAUGGAUCUGAUGGGGAAUGCCAAUUCACAUGGCUUGGGUUUUGUCACUUGAAUUGCAGGGAGCUGAUGUUCAUCCACGCCUUUAUCUCCUCCAGACACAGGGAGAGGAUGGAUGAGGGAGAUGGAGGAGGCUGGGUUGUGGAGGGCAGGGGGUCGAGUUUGAGGAGCAAUUUGUCGUCCGCAUUUCAAUGAUAUGAGAUGCCGAACUUGCCGAGGGGUAGCAUGUAGAGAGGACCGAAUACAGAUCCCUGGGGGACACCGGAGGUGACAGUGUGAGGGUCGGAUCGUUUCCCUCCCAGGGAAACGUACUCUGUUCGGUUCAAGAGGUAGGACUGAAGCCAGGUUAGAGCAGUGCCAGAGAAUCCAGCGGAGUGAAGUUAGUUAAGGAGGCUAUUGCGGUGGACAGUGUCAAAUGCAGCGGACAGAUCCAACAGAAUGAGGAGUGACGGGGAGCCUGCAUCGGCAGCCAUGAGAAGGUCGUUGGUGACCCUAACAAGGGCCGUUUCAGUGCUGUGGCCAGAGCGAAAACCGGAUUGAAAUUUCUCAGCAAUGUUAUUGCGGGGGAGAUGAGUGUGAAGUUGGGCAGCUAUCACUUUUUCCAGAACCUCGGAGAGGAACGGGAGGCUAGAUCUGUAGUUGGCAAGGUUGUCCGGGUCAAGUGAGGGUUUUUGGAGCAGGCGGGUAAUGAUGGCUGUCUUGAAUGCUGGGGGUACAGAGCCAGACUGGAGUGAGAGGUUGAUGACAUUGGUUAUUAGGGGACUAAUGGCUGAGGUUUGUUGUUUAACGAGGGCUGUGGGGAAAGGGUCCAGGGCACAUGUGGAGGGUUUCAUCUUUUUUAAUGAUGUCUUCUACCUCCGAGAAGCAGCGGAGAGGCUGGACUGUCCCGGGUGGACGGAAGGGGGGUGGAGGUGAAGUGGAGGGGCCAGAAGAGGAGGGGAGCUGGGUGCGGAUGUUGUCAACCUUAGCGCUAAAGAAGGUCAUAAAGUUAUUGCACACUACCUCUGAGGAUUCUGUUGGAGGGGUGGCUUGGGGUUUGAGAAAGUGGUUGAUGGUUGAAAAGAGCUCUUUUGAACUUCCAGGGCUAUUGUUUAUGAUAUUGGAGUAGAACUGGGCACGUGCAGUCCCAAGGGCUUUUGAGUAGGCCUUCUGAUUUUCUUUGGAGGCCUGUUUGCGCACGGUCAGUCCUGAGGCUUUGAGACGACGCUCCAGGAUGCGUCCAGUUGACUUCAUCAGACGCAGCUCACUGGUGUACCAGGGGGCUGAGCGUGAAAAAGUGACUGUUUUUUUAUUUUUGGGGGGGCGUGGAUACCUAGAAGUUUGGCCAAAGAAAUAUUGUAAUGGUCCACUGCCUUGCUGACUGAUGGAAAGGUUGCAGAGGAGGAGGAGAGAAGCUGUGCUAUAGUGUCUUGGUUGAUGUUUUUGAAAUUUCUGAAUGAGAUUUGCCGCUUGGGUUUGGAGUGGGGGCGUGGGAAAGAUUACCCAGAUUACUUCCUCCAAAUGUUCCAAUAAUAACACAUAGUGAAAGCCAAAUUGAGCAAAUUGGCUAUUUCAGAAGUGUGUGUCAAAGUGGUAGCCCUUUGCACUAAUCAGUACCCAGGAAGUAGCUCUCGGUUUCAGAAAGGUUGGUGACCCCUGCUCUACAACAUGCGGUGCACCUGAUACAAUUGGGUUUCGUCUCUGCGAGCGGCACUUGUCAUUGUCCUUGUCUGUUAUUUAACCUUUUUUGAAAUGUUGGCACUCGUAUGCGCUGCUGUGACAAGUAAAUUUCCCCGCUGUGGAAUGAAUAAAGUUCUAUCAUCAUCA